AUGCGGCACAAGGUCAAAGUGCCCCCUUGCAGAUACUGCAGCAGGAUAUUCCCAAGGACCGAACAUUUGCGUCGCCAUGAGAGAACACAUACCAAGGAGAAGCCCCAUGGCUGCAUCUGCGGACGGACUUUUUCGCGGCAAGACCUGCUUGCACGGCAUGUCAAGCUGACCAAAGAGGAGGGACAUGGGCCGCUCAGCCCCAACGUCUCGAGCCGGCGCAGACAAUCAGUCGACAGUCCUGGACCUGCCGUGCCGGAUGCUGCAGCAAAUGAUGAGCCCAAGUCUGUUGGUGACACGCAAGCCUCCCCUUUCGAGGCAAACCUGGUUCCGGCGGCUCUCAGAGAUGACUUGGACAUGCUUUGGGACAGCUUCCAACUGCAAUACAACCCUUUCGAGCUCUCUUACUUCAAUCCCGACUUCCCCCUCAGCUUUCCGUCCUUUGACAUUGCGCCUUCGCUGACCAUGCCCUCAUUGUCCGAGUCAACGACGCCCAACAGCGACAUCUCGAUGAGGACGGAGGAAUCCAUCUGGCAGGAUGACUUGCCGUGCGCCUCUGCGUUGUUGAAUGGGCAGCCUCCCAAGCGUCCCACGGUACCUCCUCGCCCAAGAGUGACCAACACGUCGGCCGGCAUACAGAAUUCAGUACCUUGUUUUACAUCGUCAAGGAAUCCGUGUUACAUGACCAGCCAAGACUACGACCAAAUCUCUCUUUCUGCCCAAGAGAACGCUGCCAUUCUCCCCCUCGACUUCCAGCUUCCUUCAAAGCACACCCUGAGCAGGUACAUCGAAGGCUACUCUAGCUGGAACCUGCACCGACCGUUUCUGCAUCUCUCCACGACGAGUUUCGGCCAAAUGCCGCUGGAGCUUGUCUUUGCGAUCGCUGCCAUGGGCGCACAGUAUCGGUUUGAGCCGGAGGCAGCCGUGUCGCUAUACUACGCUGCGAAAAGCGUCAUAGACGUGAGGCUCAGCAAGACUGCAGCGGCCGUAGCUGAGGCGGCGCACAAUUCGACAGUACGGGCACGGCCAGCUCGUCAGGGUGUGGCGCCUCCUGCAGCGACUUGGACGAACGAAGCGCCUCUGGGCAUCGAGACGAUACAAGCCAUGAUCAUUUGCAUGUCCUUGUGCUCGUGGGAGUAUAAAGACCUGCUGCCCGAUGCCUUUAGCUUGGCAGAACAAGUCGCUCUAUAUCUACGGCAGGGGGGAUACCUGGAUCCAGAGGAAACGCCUGGGGACGCAAGUUGGCCACAAUGGAUCCAAAGCGAAGGGCGUCGACGAACUGUCUUCAUCGCCUUCAUCCUCUUCAAUCUACACACCAUAUUCUACGACGUCCCACCGCGGCUCAUGGCUCGCGAGAUAUGGUCGAUCAAAAUGCCACAGCAUGAGGCUCACUGGUGGGCUUCCACGACGCCUGAAUGGAAGGAGGCAAGACGCCGUCAUCCACCACUGUCUGGCAGUUUUGGCGACUACUACUUGGAUCUGAUGGUCCCCAUCGAAUCUCGAAACCCCAACCAUCGCACUUCGGCGUUUGGAAGCUUGGUCUCGAUCCAUGGCUUGGUGCAGCAGAUCCAGCUUACAAGGGACUCCUUGGCACACCUUGAUCCGAACUGUGCCAAUCCCGAUGAGCUACCGUUUCCAGAAGACGUCUACAUGAAGUUCAGGCGGGCACUCUGUCGCUGGGAUACAGGCUGGGCCUCGAGCAGGGAUUCCGCCACGCAGCCCAUUGCCCAGAUGGCGCCGCUCGGAUUCAACGCCACGGCCGUCUUCCGCAUCGCCUGGGUCAGGCUGGGCUUCAGCAUGGUUGUGAGCCGCAACUUCAGCAGCAGGGAUGCCGUCGCCACCGCAGCUGCUUUUGCGCGAUGCCCUCUGCCGCAGCGCUCGCCGCGAUUGUACUCGGCCGUUUUGCAAAGCGCCCACGCCCUCAGCAUCCCGGUGCGGAUCGGCAUCAGGUACGCGUCCAAGACGCAGAUAUUCUCCUGGAGCAUCGUUCACAGCAUAGCGAAUCUGGAGUGCGCUUUGUUUCUGAGUAAGUGGCUGCAGCGGGCGAGUGUGGAGAGUGGGUGCUUGCAGGACGAGGAGAGGAUUUUGAUUCGGGUCAUUGCGCGGAUAUUGAAGGAGACGCCGUUCUAUAAGCCCGCGGUGGAUGACGAGUAUGAUGCGGCGACGAUUAAGCAUAUGGCUUGUUCUGUUUUGCGGCUGUUUACGGAGUUGUUUAAGGAGUCGCAUUUGUUUGAUGCGGUUGGUUCGUGUAUCGAGGCGGCUGAUCGAUAUGCAUCUACGUUGGAACGUUGA